CGCGCUUCGAGGCUGCACUUCGAUAUAAAACUGUGCGCCGUGCACCCGCCCCGUGUCCGUCUUCCACGAACACUCGGUGUGUGCAGUGUCUCUUGUUUUUGUGGCGAAUUUUUCUCGAGUACCACCCUUCGACCCCCCAAAACCGACCUCAACCAACAGUCACCAUGAAAUUAGUCGCAGCACUUUUCGUAUCUUGUUUCGUAGUAGUGGCUAGGGCCCAGUUCCAAGGUGGCUUCGGCGAUUUUGACCUGUCCGGUUAUCCAGGUUUCGGCGGUGGAUUGGACUCCCCCCUGACCGCCACCAGAGACCCUAGGCAGAAUCCAGGACCGGUCGUUUUCCCUCCAGCUCCACCAGACAACGGUGAAACCAGUGGUGUAGUCGUAGGCGCUUCUGGAUAUGGUUUCGUUCCUCCAAAUGCUCCAAGAACCGACCGCCAAAGACGUCUAUAAGAAUUAGAUAAUUCACUCGAUAGUUAAAUUAAAGGAUACAGGCUGCAGUCGUAUCAUUCGUUCUUCUAAUUUGAGCAGUUCCAUAGUAUUAAUUUAUUGCAAUUUUUUUAUCAACAUCAUUUUCUCCUGAAGGUGCUAUAACUGAAAUAGAUCUGUCUAUAUUUAUAGAUGCAAUGUACAUAUUUUAAAUAUUCCGUAUUCCAGCCAAAAUUUUUGGCAAUCACUGUUUUAAUUUAAGAUAGAGUUUAAGUAUUUAAUGUAUUACUGCCCAAAACGUGUAAUGUUAUUUAUUAAAUAAAUAUUGUUUUUAUAUAAUAA